UUGGCCAUUUCGAAAACAGCUCGUAUAUAUCUCUCACACACUCCAAGCCGAUAAACCCUAGAAUCGUCUUCAUCCUCCGCCUCCGACGCGCAGGAAUAUUUACCAGGUAGAGUUUCUUUCCCCCUCCGCAUCAAAUGGCCCCUCCAAAAGGUGAGAAGAAGACUGAUCCAAAGGCACAAGCCUUGAAAGCUGCCAAGGCAGUAAAGUCAGGCUCUGCGAUUAAGAAGAAGGCGAAGAAAAUCCGAACAACUGUCACUUUCCAUCGCCCUAAGACCCAAACUAAGGAUAGAAACCCUAAGUACCCUCGCAUUAGUGCCACCCCUAGGAAUAAACUUGAUCACUACCAGAUUUUGAAGUUCCCACUCACCACUGAAUCAGCAAUGAAGAAAAUUGAGGAUAACAACACUUUGGUCUUCAUUGUUGACUUGCGUGCUGAUAAGAAGAAGAUUAAGGAUGCAGUGAAGAAAAUGUAUGACAUCCAGGCGAAGAAGGUUAACACUUUGAUCAGACCUGAUGGCACCAAGAAGGCCUAUGUUAGGUUGACUCCUGAUUAUGACGCGUUGGAUGUUGCAAACAAGAUUGGCAUUAUCUAAGUUAUUACCUGGUUUUGCUUUGGUUCUAUUUAGAUUUUAGACAGUUCUUUGGUGAACAUUGAAGGGAACUUUUUGAAAACAGCUUAGUUCUAUAUUUUGUGUUCUGUUGUUUGUUAUAUUUUAUUUCAAUUUACAACACUUAUGUUUCAA